AUGACUACGGCACCGCACAUGCCCGCUAAGGCGCACAGCUCCGACGCUGUGCACCAGCGGCCAAGGGGCAUCUUGAAAAACAGCCACUCCUUCCAGGCAGGUUCUGCUGCUGGCGCCGGUGAAACAGCCACUACCCCACCCUCCGUCCCAACAAUCGCAGAGCCCCCCGACACCAAGGAUCUCACGCUCCAAAACACCCUGCAGAACGCAGGCCGGCGUCGGUCCUCGUCCACGACAGGGCCGGGCUCUUCCCGCCGCCAGUCGGUCGUCAGCGCAUACGACGAGAACUCGCCACGCCUGAAGUGGGACGAAGCGAACUUGUACCUAACGGAGCAGGAGCGGACGGCGAAGAUGAAGAUCGACGAACCGAAGACUCCCUAUGCCCCGCACUACGACCCCGCCGAAGAUGAGGAGGAGCUGCGGCUGGAGGAGGCGAGGGAGAGCUUGAUCGACGCACAGGACGUUGUGGUUGACGAGCUGGAUAAGACGACCAAGGGCGGAAAUCACAAGAAGGGCGUCUCUGAAGACGAUAUUCCUGAUCUGGAGCUUGGUGAGGCGGAGGAGUCGAUGUCCGGCGGCCCGGAGGGUCCGCGCAUCUACCGGGACCGCAGUCUUAGCACGGACUCGCACAAGGGAGAGAAGCAUGUCGUUGUCGGCGCAGAGACCAAUGGGGGAGAGGCGCUGAGUGGGGAUCACCUCCUGAACAGCGAGGAGGCGAGGGAGAAGCACCGUCAGUUCGAGAAACGGCGGAAGAUGCACUAUGAGAUGAAGAAUAUCAAGGAACUUCUUGCUCACCCGGAAGAUGAAAUGGAAGAAGACGAGGACGAUACCGAGUCUGGUCCCCCACCCGCCGUUCCUCAGAUCCCCUCGCAUUUCCGGAACGGUGGACAAUAG